AUGGAUAAAUUUUCAAAUUGUAUUCUAAGCGCGGCCAAAGUAGCAAUCCCAAGAUUUUCAGGUGAGGCAAGGAAAAGAAAUCUACCUUGGUGGGACCAGAAAUGUGACGGGGCAAUUAAAGACAAUAAUAAUGCUGGAUGUUCUGUGAUUUCCAACAACACAUCCCACGGCUUCAAAUUACAGAAUUAUCACUCAAUAUUCACUUGUGAAGCUUGGGCCAUACAUAAUGCUAUUAAAUUAAUAGAAGAAAAUCCAGCACCUUACCAAGUCGUUAUCUUUUCUCAAUCCUCUAAUAAAUCAAAUCUAAUAUAA